GUUGUAAGCUUCUGUCCAUGGUGGCUGAAUGUCGCAAUUAAGCGUAAUUUGCGGCUUAACUUUUACAUAUAAAAGAUAUAUAAACAACAUUAUACACACAGAUAUAUAUACACAUAUAUAAAGAAAGAUAGAUAGAUAUAUAUAUAUUUAUAUUUUUUCUAUUUAACUCAGUUUUCUCAGCCCAUGGAACAUUAGUGAACCGUGAGAGAGGGGUGAUAUUUUAAUUGCUGAAAUGAUGCUGGCCCCCUCGAUGAAUCCACAUGAUGCUGCAGCUCAGAUGACUACAGUGAAGUCAUACAUAGCUUUAAUUGCGGACCCUACACCUGCAAUUGUUGAAAAGAAACUAAAAGCUGCUCAAGAACUCAGUGAAAAUUUUGAGAGUAUAGUUAUUUCUCCACAGUAUCCACAAUUUUUACAAGAUGCUCUUAGAGUAUUUCUUAAGAUUCUGGAUGAAGGGGAGCCACAUUUUGUGGCUGAACAGAAUAUGCAGCAACUCCGUAAACUGUUGUUGGAAAUUAUCCACCGAAUUCCAUGCAACGAGUACCUGAAACGGUACAUUCCACAGAUCCUUCCUUUGAUGUUUAAACUUCUAAAGGUUGAAAAUGAAGAGAAUGUUCUAGUAUGUCUCCGGAUAAUAAUGGAGCUUCAUCGCCAAUAUCGGCCACAGAUGAAUGAAGAGAUUCAAGGGUUUUUGCAGUUCGUGAAGAAGAUAUAUGCUAACUUGCCCAAUUACUUGCACAAGAUAUUUGAACCUCGACAGCAAAUAAAAGUGAAAGAUAUCACAGAGGUGAAUGUUGAUGUCUAUCUUCAGGAGAUCUUCACAGUUACCACUAUUAUGACAGACAAAAAAAAUGCUGACAAUCAAAGUGUAUCUUACAACAUAAUUCCACGAGCUGUUCUGUCCCUCAAAGUCCUCGCUGAGCUUCCAAUUAUUGUGGUUCUUAUGUACCAAAUCUAUAAACCCAGUGUUGACUAUGAUGUCUCAGAACUCAUACCUCUCAUAAUGAACACCAUCACUCUUCAGCCUCAAGCCCAGCUUCGCAAUAAUCCAGCUUUUAACAAAGAAGUGUUUGUGGACUUUAUUGGUGCCCAGAUCAAGACCCUGUCUUUUCUUGCAUAUAUCAUCAAAUCUUACCAAGAUCAAGUAUCCCAGAAUUCCCAGCAGUUGGUACAAGGACUGCUUGGUUUGUUUACACUGUGUCCGCCUGAAGUUGCUCAUUUACGCAAGGAACUAUUGAUUGCCGCACGUCACAUACUCACCACUGAUCUACGCAACAAAUUUGUUCCCUGUAUUGAAAAAAUGUUUCAGGAGAAUGUAGUGAUCGGCAGUGGUUGGACAGCACAAGAAUCUCACAGGCCACUUGCUUAUAGCACUUUAGCUGACUUGAUUCACCACGUGCGCCAAAAUCUGCCCCUUAAUGAUCUCUCUUUGGCGGUGAAUGUUUUUGCCAAGAACGUACAUGAUGAGUCCCUGCCAAGCAGUAUACAGACGAUGUCCUGCAAACUGCUUCUCAAUCUUGUGGAAUGCAUUCGGACCAAGAGCGAUCAAGAGAGUGGCAAUGGCCGUGAAUUGUUUAUGAGAAUGUUGGAGGUUUUUGUUUUGAAAUUUAAAACAAUUACCAAAAUUCAGCUUCCACAGAUCCUCCAGAAAUGUCGACAGAGUCAGCUGAAUGCAGAGAAGUGUGCAGCAGAUAGCAAUGCCAAACCAGAUGUAAAGACUCCAGAAAUUACAACAGUUGAUGUAAAACCAAUUCUUCUGGAAAUAAAAGAAAAGGAGGAGAAGACUGCUCGGUUUGGAGUGUCCGCAACUCCGUACACAACAUAUUCUGUGGCGGACUGCCGAAGCCUUGUGAAGACGUUAGUGUGUGGCGUGAAGACUAUAACCUGGGGUUUAAUAGCAUGUAAAGGAGGGCCAGAUUUAAACAAACAGUUCCUGCCUAAAGAGAUAUUAGUUUUCAUCCGCCUCGUGCGCUAUGCAUUACAGGCUCUGGAUAUUUAUACAGUGAAUCUCUCGUCUACAGGACAGGCCAUGGUCAGACCUGCUGUAGGUCAAAGUGUCAGGACAAAAGAAGAGAAAGAAGUACUUGAACACUUUGCUGGUGUGUUUACAAUGAUGAAUCCACAGACAUUCAAAGAAAUCUUUUCUAUCACAAUAGAGUACAUGGUUGACCGUAUCCAUAACAAUUAUGCACUCCAGAUCAUAGCCAACAGUUUCCUGGCUAAUAACACCACCUCAGCAACAUUUGCUACCAUUUUGGUGGAAUUUCUGCUUGCUAGAAUGGAAGAAAUGGGAUCUUCAAAUACUGAAAGAUCAAAUCUGUAUCUGAAAUUAUUUAAAUUGGUGUUUGGAUCAGUAUCUUUGUUUGCAGCUGAAAAUGAGCAAAUGCUGAAGCCUCACCUACAUACCAUCGUCAACCGUUCCAUGUCACUGGCGAUGACUGCAAAAGAACCAUACAACUAUUUCCUCCUGUUACGGACUCUGUUCCGCUCUAUUGGAGGAGGAAGUCAUGACAUGCUUUAUCAAGAGUUUCUGCCAUUAUUGCCAAAUUUGCUUCAAGGUUUGAACAGUCUCCAAAGUGGCUUACAUAAACAGCAUAUCAAAGACUUGUUUGUUGAGCUGUGCCUAACAGUACCCGUACGACUCAGUUCUUUAUUGCCAUAUCUACCCAUGCUCAUGGAUCCUUUAGUAUCAGCUUUAAAUGGAUCACAGACCUUAGUUAGUCAGGGUCUUCGUACAUUGGAGUUGUGUGUUGACAACUUACAGCCAGAAUUUCUAUAUGAACAUAUUCAACCAGUCCGUGCUGAAUUGAUGCAGGCAUUGUGGCGUACUUUAAGAAAUCCAUCAGACAGCAUUGCUCUUGUUGCCUUCCGCCUUCUGGGAAAGUUUGGUGGAGGUAACCGAAAAAUGGUUAGAGAGCCUCAGCAACUCAACUAUAAUGAAAAAGAAACAGUUGGUCCCUGUGUUGUACUUCAGUUCCAAGAUUGUAAGAUCCCUAUUAAUUUACCAGUAGAGAAAGCCAUUGACACUGCUUUGUCCAACCUGAAAUGUAGUACAACAAAUGCUUUUGUUUUGCGACAGUCUUGGGAACUGAUUCGCUGUUUCUUGGUAUCAGCCAUGAGUCUGGAUGACAGCCGCCAAUCUCUUCAGCAUCUCUUCUCACACAACAGGUCAGUAUACCUGGUGCACAGAUCCAUUUCCCUAUACAAAAAUCCUGAUGCCAACCUACGCAAGGUUCAUGAACAAGCUCUUACAGGAAUGUUUGUGGCUGCUGCCAUCAAAGAACUCCGUAAUCCUGUUCUUUCAUUUAUGGGAUGUAUGGUUCGGCACUACACAAUGGUUGCAAUUUCUCAUCAAUGUGGUCCAUUCCCAGUCGGGGAGAAGCAGAACAAACUGCAAGGAAUCGAUACUCAGAUAUUGGUUGAUGCUAUAGCUGCUGUGAUGGGACAUGAAGAGAAGGAACUCUGCAAACCAGGAACUGUUGCCUUGAUGCUCAUUCUAAAUACUGCCACAAUCAUUUUGGGCUCACAAGAACGUGCUUGCCAGCUGCCAUUUUUUGAGUAUUUGGUAGAACGCCUCUGUGCCCUCUGUUAUGACCGAGCUUGGUAUGCUAAGUACGGCGGGUGUCAAGCAAUUAAAGUCCUCUAUGAACAUAUGCCAAAGAAGUGGGUUCUACAACAUCAAUUUGUAUUUCUGAAAGCUUUACUUUUUGUCAUGUUGGACCUUACUGGUGAGGUAUCAAGUGGGGCAAUAGACUUGGCCAAAAAUAACAUGAAGAAUAUGUUGAUUCUUUGUGCCAAAGAGAUUCCAGAUGCAACAAAUGAUCUCCUUGCAGUUCAGAAACAGUCUUUCCACGAUGUCACCUUGGAGCUUGUACGGCAGGUGACCUCUUCAAAUACCUUGAUAAGAGAGCAGGCAAUGAAUGCUUUAGAAGUAUUGGCGGAGACAACCGGCAAAACAGUUACCGACAUAAUGGAGCCGCACAAAGAGGUUAUGCAGGAUAUGAUCCCCCCCAAGAAGCAUCUUCUGCACCAUCAGCCAGCGCAUGUUCAGAUUGGAUUGAUGGAAGGGAGCACGUUCUGUACAACUCUACAGCCGAGACUUUUUACCAUAGAUCUCUUGAAAAUGGAACACAAGGUCUUUUUUGCUGAGCUCUUGAAUCUUUCAAAUGCUGAAGAUUCUGCUCUGAUGAAGAUGGCCUGUUACAAGAAUAUUUCCAACUUAGUUCCACUCCGCAAGAGUACUUUACGAGCCUUAGCUGCGUGCCAUUAUAUCCAACCGAGUCGAGAAAAAAUCUUCCACUUGCUUUACAAAGCAUUAGACAGCAGCAAUACAGAACUGCAACAGGCAGCUCAUGAGUGUAUGAGAAAGUUUAUCUCUGGCUUCAACAUUGAUAUGGAAAUGGUUCACGGCGACAUGCGACCCCUUCUCGGCUUGCUCGGUGACUACCGCAACCUCAACUUAAAUGUGAUACAGCGUCUCACUAGCCUCACCCAACUCUUCCCACACACUUUUAAAGAGAAACUUCUUGAACAAUUAUUGACACAUCUGAAGAAAUUCAUGGAAGUGGCGAUCUCAAACCAAAAAAGUGGUCAACAACGAAAUAACGGUCAAGUCUUGUCUCAGGAAUUGAAAAUUUGUGCUGCCAUUAUCAACAUCUUUCACUUAGUGCCAACUGCAACCCAGAAGAUUAUUGAACCCCUAACGAGACUAAUUUUCCAAACAGAAAAGGCCCUAUUUAUGGAGGCUGGCAGUCCAUUUAGAGAACCCCUCUUGAAGUUCCUACUUCGUUUCCCAGGACCAACUGUAGAAUUGUUCCUCAAUGACAACACAAUUAUUGACCAACAAUGGACGAGAUAUUUAGAGUUUAUUGUGAAACAUAAAGAUGCUCAGGUGAUCCGAGAUGUAAUCAUGGCCAACCCAAUGAGACUAGUCACCAUGGCUCUCAAGAACAUUCAGAAUGCACAAGAUAUGCAACAUGCACAAGACAUCAAAGCAGAAAUGCAAUUCCAGGCAAUAAGGUUGAUUAGUCUUUUAGUAGAAAUGAAUGAAACAUGGUUGUCAGACCAAGUCUUAGCUGUGGCCAAGUUAAGAAUGAUUUGGACAUCAGAUAGUUUUCAGGAAAAACAUAAAAAAAUUGACAAUUUGGACUACAUUCACUGGCAAGAACCAGCUCUCUUAGUUCGAUGUCUUUUAACAUACUUCAAACAUCACACCAAGGAAAUUGACCUCCUCUUCCAGAUAUUAAGAUGCUUCAUCAACCGGUACAUUCCACAGUUUCAGUUUGUAAAGGACUUUCUAGAUGAUGUUGUUGCUGCGACCUAUCCUGUAGAAUGGAAGCGAGAUGCUUUUUUUAAGUUUGUCGAUGUCUUCCAUUUGAAGAACUGCCCCCAAGAAUUGAAAGCCAAGAUCCUGCAGUACAUUAUCAUUCCCUGUUUCCAACACGCCUUCGAACACGGUGAAGAUGAGGCCCUGAUAGGGGGACCUCCCAGCCCGGAUCAAGAUAACUCUGAUAAUGUUAUCAGUGUUUUCAUUAACCGUGUCAUUGAUCCGGAGAAUCCAUUCGGCACCUCCGAUGCUGUCAGAAUCCUCCUGCUCCAGUUUUCCUCACUUCUUGUUGAACAAGCUUCUCCACACAUCCAUGAUGCUGCUAAUAAGAAACAGGGCAAUAAGUUACGGCGCCUUAUGACAUUUGCAUGGCCUUCAUUGUUGCCCCGCAACUGUGUUGACCCAGCCAACAAAUACCAUGGACACUUGCUGUUAGCCCAUAUCAUAGCCAAAUUUGCCAUUCAUAAAAGAAUUGUCUUGCAAGUGUUUCACAGUCUCCUGAAAGCACAUGCAGUGGAAGCUCGAGCUGUAGUUCGGCAAGCUCUUGAGAUUUUAACACCAGCUUUCCCAGGAAGAAUGGAGGAUGGCAAUGGAAUGUUAGCACACUGGACCAAGAAAAUCAUUGUCGAAGAAGGCCAUGCAGUUCCUCAACUUGUCCAUUUGCUACAACUUGUGGUACGUCAUUACAAAGUCUACUACCCCGUACGUCACCAUUUAAUUCAGCAUAUGGUCAGUUCCUUACAGCGACUUGGCUUCACACAAAAUGUAAGUUUUUUCCUCGUUUCUUCACAAUAUUUUGAAAGUCUGCGUAAUCAAACCGAUGUGAAUAAACCGAUUGAUAAGCAAUACUGUGAUUCUGUCGUUAACUUCCUUCUACGAAUAGCUUGCCAGGUGACAGAAUCUACAACUGCCUUGGCCACUCAAGGAGAAGCCCUCUCAAGACGAUGUAUCAACUUACUGAAAACUGUCAUGAACAAAGAUGUGUGGCCCAACAUUGAACUAAAACUUGCCUGGUUUGACAAAUUACUGAUGACCGUUGAAAACCAGUCUGGCAUCACCAAUAUCUGUACAGCAUUAGAAUUGUUGACCUUCCUGUUAGGGAUUAUGAAAAAAGACAACAUCCUUGCUAGUUUCAAACCUCUGCAACGAGGGAUCGCUGCCUGUCUGACAUGUCCAAACCCCAAGGUAAUCCGUGCCGUUCACUCCUUGCUGUCUCGUCUAAUGAGUAUCUUCCCUACAGAACCAACCAAUGCCCCAGUACCUUCCAAAUACGAGGAGCUCGAGUGUCUGUAUGCAUGCGUCAGUAAAGUCGUCUAUGAUGGACUCAACAAUUAUGAAAAGUCAACUGGGAACUCCAACAACAUACUGUUUCCCACCCUGAUGAUUCUGAAGGCUGCAUGCAUGCAUAACCCUUGCUAUAUAGACCGACUGAUUGCCUUAUUUAUGAAAGUACUACAAAAAAUGGCUCGUGAACACCUGACAGCUAACAAUGAGCAGAAUCCAGCUGCCAGUGAAUUACUCAUCCUCAGUCUAGAUUUGGUCAAGAACAGAGUCGGGGUUCUCAGUAUUGAAAUGCGUAAGAGUUUCAUUGGCAACAUCUUGGUAUGCCUCAUAGAAAAGACUUCAGACCCAAAAGUGGUGAAAGCAAUAACUAAAAUGGUUGAAGACUGGGUUAAAACAAAAACACCCAUUGCUAUCAACCAGUCUCCAUCAAUACGAGAAAAGGCCAUUCUCUUGUGCAAGCUGAUGGUUCAUGUUGAGCGCAGAUUUCCUGAAGAUGUCGAACUAAAUGCACAAUUCCUGGAAUUGGUUAACCACAUCUACAGAGAUGAGAGUUUGGCUGGCAGUGAACUCACCUCUAAGCUAGAACAAGCCUUCCUUGCAGGCCUCAGAUGUAACCAGCAUCAUAUUAGACAGAAAUUUGUCGAGGUAUUCGAUAAAAGUAUGAGAAGACGUAUAUUUGAUCGUCUCUUGUAUAUCAGCUGCUCUCAGAACUGGGAGCACAUGCAAGGCCACUAUUGGAUCAAACAAUGUAUUGAGCUACUGUUGGCUGUAGCUGUCCCUAACCAACCCAUUCAAAGUUUAUCUCCAAUGAGCCUUCUACCAUCAAUAUGCUCAGUGAUCAACAUGGCUGACAGCCAGGAACGAGCUGCUUUCUCAACAAUUCUCAAAAUGAAAGAAGAAACUGUUGAUAUGGAUGUUGUUGAUGGCAACAAAGACGAGGAGGAGAUUGAUAUGGCAUUGAAUUCUGUGCCAAGUGAAGAAUCCAUUCCAAAAGAUCAUGCCUACAAGCACACAUUAAUGUCCAUACAUAUUUCAGUAUAUACAUGUGUCUAUUUCCAGACGACAACAUUCUUGAAUGCUCUGUCCCAGCUGUGUCACAACUCCACCUCUCUGGCUCAUUCCAUCUGGAUGGACCUCUUCCCACGUAUAUGGAAGAUUUUAUCAGAAAAACAACAGCAGGUAUUGGCAGGUGAACUUGCUCCAUUCUCAGCCAGUGGAAGCCACGUUGUCCAGAAAGAUUGCCAACCUAGUGCAAUGCACACCUUCCUCGAGUCUCUGUCUUUGUGUGUGCCUCCAAUUCCUAUUCGCCCUGUGGUGUUGAGGUAUAUGGGCCGAACCCAUAACCUCUGGCACCGAGCUUGUCUUGUGUUGGAACAAAUGGCAUCGGAAAAUGGUCCAACAACAACAGCAGUUUUGAAGAAUCGACCAGCUAGCGAAUAUGAAUUUGAGACUGUCACGAAUCCACACCAGGAGACCCUAGAUGCACUCUGUGAUCUUUACUCCCUACUACAUGAGGACGACAUGUGGACAGGAUUGUGGCAGAAACGAUGCAAAUAUCCUGACACAGCUGUAGCCAUUGCUUAUGAACAACAUGGAUUUUUUGAACAGGCACAGCUCGUUUAUGAAUCAGUAAGUUUUCUUUCUUUUUCUGUUUCUAAGAGAAAAUUUCAUGCACACAUGCCCGUGUGUGUGUUUGUUUGUGUGUGUGUGUAUACAAUUAGUUCGAGGAAGUCAUGUGUGGAGAUAAACUGUCCUAAGGAGCUUGCAUGGAAGAUGAAUCUCUACAAAGGAUACAUCACCAUUUGCCACCCUGAUGAACACACAGGAAAUUUUAUGAAUACUAUUGAGAAAAUGGUUGAAGUUGCCAGUAAUUUGGCAAUAAAGGAAUGGCGGCGACUCCCUAGGAUUGUUUCAAAUGUUCACGUACCUCUGCUACAGGCUGCCCAGCAAAUAAUGGAAUUACAAGAGGCUGCUCAAAUUAACCAAGGUCUCCAGCCAGCCAACAUCAAUCGCAGCUCAUCUUUACAUGAUCUGAAAGCUAUUGUGAAAACUUGGAGGAAUCGUCUACCAAUGAUUUCAGACAAUAUGUCACAUUGGAGUGACAUCUUUACCUGGAGGCAGCACCAUUACCAGUUCAUCAUAACCAACCAUGACACGCACACCCAGCAAGAACAACACAGUAACCAUUCCAUGCUGGGGGUCCAUCAUUCUGCUCUUGCUAUCAUCCAUUUUGGUAAGAUCGCCCGCAAACAUAAUUUAACCAGCGUUUGUAUAGACUCAUUAAAUAGGAUCCACACAAUCCCGACGGUGCCCAUUGUGGACUGUUUUCAGAAGAUACGACAGCAAAUCAAGUGCUAUCUCCAAAUGGCUAGUACGAUGAGUCGUUCAGAACUCCAAGAAUUAUGUUUGCAAGGUUUGGACAUAAUUGAGAUAACAAAUCUGAAAUACUUCACCAAAGAAAUGACUGCUGAGCUUUAUGUCCUCAAAGGAAUGUUCCUGGCACAGCUCAACCGUUCCGAUGAUGCCAACAAGGCAUUCUCAGCAGCAGUUCAGAUGUCCGACACUUUAGUGAAAGCUUGGGCUCAGUGGGGUGACUAUCUAGACGCUGUCUUUACACGUGAUAAACAAAUUCAACAAGGUGUUUGGGCUAUAACAUGUUACCUGCACGCCUGUCGACACCAGAAUGAAAGCAGAUCUCGCAAGUACCUUGCCAAAGUCCUCUGGCUUCUCACAUAUGAUGAUGAAAAGGCAACAUUGACCGAGGCAGUUGAUAAAUACUCGAAUGGUGUUCCUGCAGUGCAGUGGUUGCCGUGGAUUCCCCAAUUGCUGACAUGUUUGGUAAGAAGUGAAGGCCGCUUGAUCUUAAAUUUAUUAACCCAGGUGGGUAGGAUGUACCCACAAGCUGUCUAUUUCCCUAUUAGAACCCUCUACCUCACUCUGAAGAUUGAACAGCGGGAGAGAUACAAAACUAACGAGGCAGCUAAUGCUACCACAGCCAGUCGCAGCAGUAGUAGCAGUCCUUUGGUUACUAUGACCCCUAAUGUUGCAAAUGCUGCUGCUAUUGGAGGUACAAAUUCAGCAGCAUCCACUCCUCUAUCUCAAGUGACCAGUCCAAACACUCCUCGGACACCAGCCACUCCAGAUUCAGAUUUUAUCUCAUCCGGCCAACAGCAGGCCAGUAUGGUCUGGUUUCGUGAAAAUUGGUACGAAGAAGUUUUACGGCAGUUACACCAAGGUUUGGCUAAAUGUAAUGCUGUCGCUUUUGAAAACAGAGGGGCUGUUGCCGAGACCACAAUAACCCCGCACACGCUGAACUUUGUGAAGAAAUUGGUGAGCACUUUUGGUGUCGGCAUUGAAAAUGUCUCCAACGCUGUCCAGACAUUCUCCAGUGCUGCAUCUGAGUCGCUGGCUAAACGAGCCCAGGCAACUGCCAGAGACCCUGUUUUCCAGAAAGUGAAAAGUCAGUUUUCUACAGACUUCGACUUCAGUGUGCCAGGUUCAACAAAACUACACAACCUCAUCAAUAAAAUGAAGAAAUGGAUCAAAAUACUUGAGGCCAAAACACGCACACUACCAAAAUCUUUCCUUAUUGAAGAAAAGUGUCGUUUCCUUAGUAAUUUCUCCAUCAACAAUGUUGAAGUUGAAUUGCCGGGCGAGUUUCUGCUUCCAAAGUCUGGACACUAUUAUGUAAGAAUUGCUCGAUUCAUGCCAAGAGUAGAAAUAGUUAAGAAACACAACACUGCCGCCAGAAGGUUGUAUAUAAGGGGACACAAUGGCAAGAUUUAUCCCUAUCUUGUCAUCAAUGAUGGCUGCCUCACUGAAUCUUGUCGUGAAGAAAGGGUCCUACAACUAUUAAGGAUGCUUAAUUUAUUCCUCACAAAACAAAAGGAAACAAGCCGAAGAUUGUUGUAUUUCACUGUUCCCAGAGUGGUAUCCUUCUCGCCUCAGAUGCGCCUUGUUGAAGACAAUCCUGCUUCAAUCUCUCUACAGGACAUCUUUAAACAGCGCUGUCUGAAACGAGGAAUUGAGCACGACGCCCCUAUUGCCCGCUACUAUGAACGCCUGGCUACUGUGCAAGCCCGCGGCUCCCAGGCUAGCCACCAGGUUCUCAGAGAUAUAUUAAAGGACGUACAGACCAAUAUGGUACCACGGGGACUAUUGAAAGAAUGGGUUCUGCACACGUUUCCUGAUGCCACAGACUAUUGGACAUUCCGAAAAACUAUAACCAUCCAGCUGGCACUGAUGGCUUUUGCAGAGUUCAUACUUCACCUCACUCGCAUGAAUCCAGACAUGAUGUAUCUUCAUCAAGACUGUGGUUUCCUUAAUAUUGCUUAUUUCAAGUUUGAUCUUGAUGAUCAAUCUGGAGAACUUGAUGCCAACCGUCCUGUCCCCUUCCGACUGACCCCAAAUAUUGCUGAAUUUCUUACAUCGACCGGAGUGACAGGUCCCUUAACUGCUUCGAUGGUGUCAGCAGCACGCUGCUUUGUCCAUCCUCAAUACAAGGUUCCCAGUUUCCUGCGAGCAAUUCUCCGAGAUGAAUACAUUACAUGGCACAAGAAGAAACAAGAGGAAACUAACCCAUGUACCCAGCCACCUGCAAUGGAGGGAGAACUUUUAAUCAGCCUGGUUAAUAAGGCAGUGUCGGCCAUUACAACUCGUCUCAACAAUCUGGCCACAUUUGAAGGUGCUGAAAGUAAAGUGAGUACAUUGGUAGCUGCUGCCAAUAGCCACGACAACUUGUGUCGUAUGGACCCAGCCUGGCACCCCUGGUUGUGAGCAAUCCCAAUUCAAAACCUUUAUAUUAUCAAAGUUUUUGCCCCCCUCGCUUAUAUUAUCAACUCUCUCAUCCACCACCACCACCACCACUGCCAUUGUAGCCACCACUGACCACAUCAUUGCCAUCUUCUUUCAUUAUUUCUUUUAACUAUUCAUUAAAGAAUAUUCUGUGUUUGUGUGUAUGUAUAUAUAUAUAUAUAUAUAUAUAUAUAUAUAUAUAUAUGCACACACACAUGUAUGCACAUGCAUGUAUACACAUUAAACAUUCAUCACUGCUUUUGCCAUUGUGAGAAAGACUACUCUGAAUAUAAGGUGCCAUAUAUAUAUAUAUAUAUAUAUAUAUAUAUAUAUAUAUAUAUAUAUAUAUAUAUAUUACAAUUAAAAGGGUAAAGGUUUAUCAAUUUAUUAAUUUAUUAAUAAAUCAACAAUUAAUAAUUUUUACCAAGCCCUUCGGUAUGUAAACACCAUUAUCGGUGGAGGACUUAUUUAAAAGUUCUUAUACAUUUAUAAACAUAAUUAAGGGAUAGCAUUAGUAAUGCUAUCUGUUGGAGUCUCAGCUUUUUUAGCUGCUAUUUCUGAACUUCGGUAUAUGGUGAAGCAAAUGUUUGCUGAUCCCUUAAUUAUGUUUAUAUAUAUAUAUAUAUAUAUAUAUGUAUGUGUGUGUGUGUGUGUGUGUGUGUGUGUGUGUAUGUAUGUAUGUAUAAUAAUAAUGUGUGUAUACUCACACACACAGAUACACAUUCACAUAUAUUCAUAUAUGCAUAAAUAUAUACAUAUAUAUGUACAUAGAUAAGUAUCUAUAUAUAUAUGUGAAUGUAUGUAUGCAUAUAUGUAUGUGUGUAUUUAUAUGUGUGUCUAUAUAUAUAUAUAUAUAUAUAUAUAUAUAUAUAUAUAUAUAUAUAUAUACUUUUCUAAGAUAUGUACUAAUGCCAAACAUUUGGUAGUGCACCAUAGGUUGGAAUGCCAAUGAAUAAGGAGAGGGUGAGGAUGGGUGGAUGAACUAUUUGCCACGGGAAGAGGCUGUGGGACGGAAGGGUAUGUAACGAAUUUAUGGUUGACGUAUCAACAGUAGAGGGUGUUUGAGAGUGAACAAGUAAAGUUAGUUGGUCCAUCAUCUGAUGUCUGAGUAGACAUUGUUCACUCCAGAAGAUAGUUUGACAUUUUUUAAUUUAUUCCAUUUGUGUUUUUUUUUUUUGUAAAUUUUUGCUUGAAUUCUCAUUCGUGGAUACAUGUGUGCAAGAAUGUAGCUUUUAAUCUCACUUCUUUACACUCUUCUCAUAGCUCCAACAUCAGUGUCUUUGACAUUGUCAUCAUCAUCAUCGUCGUCAUCAUAUCUCACAUUGUUCCCAGAUUCCUCAAAUUGAUUUGCCGGUUGUUUUUUUUUUUUUUGUUCUGAACACAAUCCAGUCCCUUUUCUUAUUCUAUUUUAUAAUCUGACAGUAUUCUAGAUCAUAGUAAUAUAUGAAAGCAGUCGUGAGCAUCUCUAUUUUUGCACAAAUACUUUGUUUGUGUGUAUGUGUGCAUGCAUGUGUGUGUGUGUGUUUGUAUAUAGAAAGUGUGACACUGAUAAUACACAAUCAUUAUGUACAGUAAUUAUGUGUGUGUUUAUACAGACUUAUAAAAUGGAUUUUGCAACUUGCAGAUAUCUGUAUCUAUCUUCGAAACAUCAUAAAAUGGAAGGAAAACAAUGGAGUUUAAGUGAGCUUGGAUGUUCAAAUGUGUGAAAUAAAUGAAAAGUAUGUGUACAUGUACAUACACCUCACACACACACACACACACGUGUGUUUAUAUUCAAGAUGUUGCAGGUAGUUUGUCUGAUGGAAACAACAAACAUUAUUUUCAUUUUGUGCCCACUAAGACCAUUGCUGAUACUAAUUGAGUGGUCAGCAGAUGGACUUUGGUACAAAAUUUAAACUUAUUUCUGAUAUUGAUAAUACUUUUGGAUUAUUAUUAUUAUUUUCUACUUAUUUAUUUCACUAUCCCUCUGUGACAUGGUCAGUUGGAUUGUCUUCUGCAUAUCGAGUACUGGAAAAAUGAUAAUUUUUUUCUACUAAGCUGAGUCAGCAGUGUAGGUUCAAUUCCUGUUUGCCAGUGAUUUUUAGCCACGAAUCAAUAACUGGGAGAAAGAUUGAAGUGUUUCUUCAGGUUGACUCUAUAUAGAUGUCCUUUUUUUUUUUUUUUUUUGUCACUCACAACAUUUGUGACAUUGAGGUGAAACUGUCAAUUGUGACCCAACAACACACAUAUCAAGAUACUCUUUUAUCUUAAGGCCUGAGCAAAUCGUGUGAGUCUAGUGAAGUUUUGGCCACAUGAUGUCUUCUGUAUUUUUAAGAGAGUGAGAGAUGAAAGGAUGAGUAAAUGAACGAGAGAGAGAGGGGGAAACUGUGUGUGAGAUUUACAAAUGAGUUGUGAAGGGCUAUUUUAAACAUCUUGAAAUGAAUGUAUUUCCUGCUGUAAGCUCUCUUUAUUUAAACACUGUUGCUGAGAAAGAAAUCCAAGGAACCAUGUCUCUGAUGGUUUUUGCUGUUGUUCUUCAAUUGAUUAAAAUCUUUUCCUGCUCACACACACACAAGUUUCUCUGCAACUAAACUGCUCACUGUUUUUCCCUCGAAAAGAUGUGACUGUUCACAUGUGUGUAAAAUCAUAUAUAUAAGUGCAUGUGUGUACAUUUACAUUUACAAUUUGAAAUUGUGAAUUACAGCAAUGUCUCUGACAUCAGUUAGAUUGUGUGUAUGUAUGUUUGUAUUUAUAUCUGAAUUAUUAUGCAUUAUAUGUAUACAUAUGUGAAGGCACAUGGCUUAGUGGUUAGGGCUUUCAACUCAUGAUCAUAAGGUCGUGAGUUCAAUUCCUGGCAAUGUAGUACUUGUAUUUCAAAAGGGCCAGCCUUGUCACCUUCUGUGUCACGCUGAAGUUCCCAGUGAACUAUAUUAAGGGUACGCGUGUCUGUGGAGUGCUCAGCCACUUGCAUGCUAAUUUCACGAGCAAGCUGUUCCGUUGAUUGGAUCAACUGGAACCCUCGUCAUAACCGAUGGAGUGCCAGUACACAUGUGUAUGCAAAUAUUCUCAUUCGUGUAGUUAUUUGAUUUAGACAGUGCUGAACCUUCUACAGUAGGCAGUUUACAAUUUUAGAAAAAUCCCUUUCCAGAAUUAAAUUUUAUUCUGAAUUUUGUUAAAUUUCUUCCAGUUAAUCCUCAGCUUCUACUAUCUACUUUCCAUCAUCUUUAAACAACCUUCAUAAUCCACUAUGGAAACUGUCUUCUAAUUUAACAAAAUAUUUUCAACAUCAAGUCCAUUCCUUACUAAAUACGUCUACAUAUUUCUCUUCCUCUAUAUUUUCAUUCUUUCCUAGCUACACCCUCAAUCAGUCUUAUUUUUGAAACCCUGUUAACCAUUUUCUCAAAACCUGUACUCGGAUCUCUAAUCUUGAAUUUCCUUCUACAAUUAAUCUCUGUAUCCUGUGAUCUACCUUUUGGUUUAGCUACAGUGGAAUUGUCACUGGAAAUAAUACUUGCUGAGAGAAACAUGGUUGCAGUCUUGAAUGUGUGUGCUUGUGUGUAUAUGCAAAUAUGUGUAUGCAACAGUACAGACAGUACAGUUCACAUGUACAAGACUUGUUGCAGAGAUAAGGAUGGUUAUAAUAAUGUAUGUUGUUAUUAUUGUUGUUAGUGUUGUGUAGUGCCAAGUCAAAUCUGACUGAGUAGAGCUAUGUUCAAGGUUCAUCUUAUGGUUAGGAUGUUGAUGAUGAUGGUUAUAGAUUAUCAUGAUGACAAUGAGAGUAUGUAGAUGUCUACAGACUGUAAUACACCAGUUCUCUUUUGUUACCUUUGAAAUGGUUGCUCCCCGAUUUUCAUGGCAGAUAGCCAGGUUGGUAAUGGCAAUUCAUUGAAAUAUAACCAAAGAAUAAAUGGUGCUUUGGAAAAGAGUGUACACAAUCUGAUAGAAGUGGUUAUUGUUGAAUGGAUGUAAUGAAUAUUCUUUCCUUGUUCCUAUUUCUCAAAUGGAGGACUGGAGGAAGCUGGCUGAGAUGUCAGUUGUGUGCAAUGGAGUGGGACACAGGAUGGUGCUGGUUGAGAUACGCUCUCAUCAAAUGGUGGUAAGACGAAGGCCCUUCAGCUGGUUCUGGGCACAACGGGUAUACUGGCCAAUACACACACACACACACACACACACACACACACACACACACACACACGUUCCUCAAUCUGAAAUGAUGGCAAGUUGAAUGUUCUUGGUCUAAAGCCAACUACACCAAUUACAAUAAUGGCAUGGUGAAGAUUGUUAACAUGAUGGCUAAAUGAAACCAUCUGAGAGAGCUCUAGGUUGAAAGUGUUGUGAAAUAAGUAAAGAUGUUAAUCUUAUGAUGAGGGCAUCAUCAGGGUAAUUCCUCUAUUGAUACAAUGAAUUAGGGAAGUUGUUAAUAUCACAUAUCACACUUACAUAAUUUGUAAUUAAUUUAAAUUUCAAAGUUAUCUCCCUGACCUUUCUUGAUCAGAAUUAUUUCAAUGGUUGUUUUUCUUCCCUGUUCCCCCCCACAUUAUGUUAACAUCCACUUAUUUACUUGAUUUUUAAAAAAUUUUUAUGCAUAUAGUGUCCCUGGGUAGUUCUCCACUUUCCAGUCAUUAUUUUGAGAUCAGUACUGCUUGACUGAUUGAUUUUAGAAAAACUGUUGAGGUGGAUGUGAUUUAACUCCUCGGGUGACAUGACCUAUAGCUGUUGCUUUGUCAAAAAAUGUUCUCCUUGUGCACCCUGUCUGGUUGAUGGCUACAAUGUUUGCAGGGUAUUAGCGCUACAGCCUGAUGGUUUGUUGUCCUCACCUCUUACAGGGAAACAAGCUAUGCAUUAACUGAGUACAGUAUGGUGGAAGUGGGGGUAAUAGCCAAUGCAGGGGUUUGCCCUCACACUCAUCCCUGUCUCCCUUGUGGUGCAAGCUUGUUGGUCUUGAUGUGCAGUGGACAGCCUUGUAAAAGAAGCUGCGCGAUAUUAGUGCCCUGGAGAACAUUCUCUUCCUCUAGGUAAACAAUAUUUGUCUUAGUGAACUGAAGUGGCAGGGAUGAGGUAUAUACUGAUGCAGGGAGAUACCUCCCCCUUCUGCUCUUCUUCCUUUACAGUGUGCAUUUGUAAAGCAUGUUCUUUGAUGAACAUGCAGAGUGCAACGAAUAGGUGCAUAUGCUAAAGGCAAGAAAAAGAACGUAUGUGCUGUGGUCUUUGUCAGAAAAACAAAUGUGUGCAUCUUGGCUCUUUGUCGGUUACGGCAAUGAGUGUUCCGGUUGAUAUGAUCUUUGAAAUACAAGUUCAACUCGUUUUUUUUCCAGCUGAGUGGACUGUAGCAGCAAGAAAUAAAGUGUCUUGCUCAAGGACACAAUGCACCACUGGGAAUCAAACUCACAGCCUUACGAUCAUGAGCCGAAUACCCUGGCUACUAAGCCAUAUGCCUUCUUCUGUGCAUAUAUAUAUAUAUAUAUAUA